AUGUUUCAACACCCUGAUGACAUUGCUGUGCAUCAGGAUGACAAUGCAGCCCCACAUAGCGCCAAUAUCGUCCGUGCCUGGUUCGACGAACAUGCAGUAUCUCUUCAAGAAGAACAAAUUUUAGAAUCAGGUUUUCCUGCCGUUACUAUUUGUAACCUCAAUCGAAUGAAAGCGUUCUACGAAAGUUGCAAUAACGACGACAUAAUGGAAAAUGGUUGCAUUCAUUCUAUUGGCCAAGAUGAUGGUGAUAAAACAGAAGAUAUAGGUUCUUCUGGUAAGCAAGACAUAUCUGAACGACGCAGUCUACUAUCUUGCAAUGGUACGUUUAAUACAGAAUCUUUGUCAAAGCUGUAUUUAAUCCUCAAAUAUUUACGAAUGAGCAAUAAGAAUCGAAGAUUUGUAGGAUAUAAAGCAUCAGAAUUAGUGAAAUUCUGCAGUUUUAACAUGCAGUUAUGUUCUUCGAAAGACUUCAAGUACUUUCAGAGUCUCAGAUAUGGUAAUUGUUAUACAUUUAAAAGUUCCAGCAAGUAUGGUAAGAAGUAUGUUACUUUUUCAAAAACAGGAUACAAAAGUGGAUUGGAUCUAUUACUGAACCUGGGUUUAAAUGAAUACAUGUCAACCGCUUCGAAAUCUGGAAUGAGAAUCUCAGUUCAUCAUGCUUCAGAAGCACCAAACCCAGAAGUAAAUGGCGUUGACAUAAAUCCAGGGUUUGAAACAUCGUUUGUUCUAAAACAGAUGGCAAUUCAACGUCUGCCUGCACCAUACAAAGACAGAUGCAUCAACUACAACUCGCGUAUUAAUGAAAGCAGUGAAGAAGAAUGCAUGAAACUAUGCCUUCAAAAACUGAGUUUUGAAAUUUGCGGUUGCAUUGAUCCAACUUUGAUCCUAAUUCCUGGAAUGAAGCAUUGUAAUAUAUUUAACAUGAGUGAUAUUUGUUGUUUGGAUGGAGUUCAAGACAACACUACUCGACAUGAGCUAUCAUGUGACUGUCCGCCAUCUUGUUAUGCAGUCUCUUACAGCAGCGAGAUUUCAAAAGCACGGUUAUCAAAGACUGACGGUAUUUUGUCGAACAAAUCAAAAGGCAAUUUUAUGAACCAUUACGCUCGUUUGAAGGUAUUUUACUUCACUUUAACCCAAAAUACUUUCAAACAAUUACCAAUGUUUGAGGAAUCUGAAAUCUUCAGUCACUUAGGUGGUGAACUGUCACUGUGGUUGGGUCUUUCAUUUUCGAAAUAA